AUGAGCGCUAUUUGUGAGUAUUGGAUCGCACGUUAUCUGGGUGUAUGUAAGGUGAUGCUCAAUAAAGAGUAUCUAUUCGAAACACCCUUCUCAAUGGAUCUCUGCUAUGAGUGGAAGUUGCAUAAACUCGGUAUCUGUUCGUACAGUCUGAUUGUUGCUUCAGUGUUGACACUCUUAACAGUCAUCAAUCUGCUCUUUCUUCUAAGCGUAUUUUUCAAAGUGCAAUCGCCGACAUCACCUCGCCGUGGUUAUUUACCAUUUGCUUUUGUCGUUUCAUGUCUGCUCAAUCUAUUUCUAAUAUUUAUACCGAUCGGUUAUUUUCUAUACGAUCGACUCAACGUGGAUGCACGUGCAGCCACUGUCACGAUCGUACUCACGACGCACGCUUGUUUCUGGUCAAUUCUUCUUUUGAUAAGAAUUUUGACACGGAAUCGUAUCGAAACACCGUGGCCAGUGGUAUUCUCUGAGCUGAGUGCUGUGCUCAUGGCCAUUGUACCGAUGUUUUUUUGGAAUUCGUGGUUGAUGGUUACGAGACGAACGGUAAUUUUCACACUAGGCAUGGUCAAAAAUAUCCAAAAAGAUGGCCAUAGUACUACCGUAUAUAUGGCCAAAGAAGAGCGUUCUCUUGCAAAUACGAGUGUUAUUCUGCCUGCUGUUGCUUAUCGUUGGCCGUGUGAUCAACUGGAUGGUUUGUCGUAUGGAUAUCCAAAUAUCUAUACGCUUAUUAUCGUCUCUACCCUUUUGAAAUUUCUUCAAGGAAGUUCAGUGAUGGGUGGAUGCCUCUAUACUUUAAGGUCUUACCUUUGGAUACCGAUACAGCAGUAUACAACUUUUGAGAUUCAGGUCGAGCUUUUUGAGCAUUUGCAUAAUCUGUCGCUUCGUUGGCAUUUAUCACGAAAAACUGGUGAAGUUCUCCGAGUUAUGGAUCGUGGUACAAAUUCUAUUGACGGUAUUUUGAAUUAUGUUCUCUUCACGAUUCUUCCAAUGUUAGCCGAUGUUGUAAUAGCGAUAAUGUUCUUCUUCGCGAUGUUCGACUGGUAUUUCGGUGUUAUCGUUUUCGUCACCAUGUUCAUUUACCUUUUUGUGACAGUAUUGCUGACUGAAUGGCGUACCAAGUUCCGCCGUGAUAUGAACGAACGCGAGAAUCGAUCGCGCACAAUUGGGGUUGAUUCAUUGCUGAAUUACGAAACAGUCAAAUAUUAUAAUGCCGAACAGCUUGAAGUGAAGCGUUUCGCUGACUCCGUUCGUUGGUAUCAAAAAGCUGAAUGGGCAUCAUCUGCGUCAUUGUCGUUGUUGAACUUAUGUCAAAAUGGUACAAUUGCAAUCGCUUUGAUGAGUGGCACUCUACUGAUCGCCUAUCUUAUUUCACUCAAAGACAGUCCACUGACACCUGGCGAUUAUGUACUCUUCACCACCUACAUGCUACAACUUUAUACUCCGCUGAAUUUCUUUGGCACUGUUUAUCGUGUUAUUCAACAAUCGUUCAUUGAUAUGGAGAAUAUGUUCGAGUUAUUGGAUGAACAAGUGGAGAUAGAAGACGAACCAAAUGCGAAACAGUUAGAAGUACAUGACGGUUCAAUAGUAUUCGAUAAUGUUAGUUUUGCGUACACUUCUGACAGAACGGUACUCAGUGGUAUUUCUUUUACAGUAAACAAAGGAGAAACCGUUGCUUUGGUUGGUCCAUCGGGGGCUGGUAAAAGUACAAUAGUGCGCCUAUUGUUCCGUUUAUUUGACGUAACGGAUGGGAGAAUUCUUUUCGAUGGCCAAGAUAUUCGUCAUGUUAAGAUCAAAUCUCUUCGAAAACACAUCGGUAUCGUACCGCAAGAUACUGUACUCUUCAAUGAAACUAUACGUUACAAUAUUCGGUUCGGUGAUCCUGAUGCUAAUAAUGAACAAGUUGAAGAGGCGGCGAGAAUGGCCGAAAUUCACGACAAGAUCAUCUCAUUUCCACAGGGUGAUCCAAGGUAUGAUACAAUGGUUGGUGAAAGAGGUCUAAAAUUGAGUGGUGGUGAAAAGCAACGAGUUGCGAUCGCACGUACUGUGCUAAAACAGCCACAAUACAUCCUGCUCGACGAGGCAACCUCAGCGUUAGAUACAGCAACAGAACGAUCAAUUCAGAAAUGUUUGAAUGAGAUGUGUCAAACGAGAACUACGGUAAUCGUAGCACAUCGCCUAUCAACUAUUGUGAACGCAAACAGAAUACUGGUUAUCGAUCAUGGACGUAUUGUCGAAAAUGGAACUAAAGAAGCUGAAGAGGAAAUCCAAUUGUCUUGA